AUGGCGGACAACGAAAACUCUCAUAUUGAAGAAGUCAAGGAAAAACCCCUCCUUAUUAUCCACCGUUUACCCUCCUUUACAUGCUUCUUCCAUCACCGCCUCGCAACCCAUUUCACUCUCCUUGACCCAACUGCUACCGUGGGCACUGACACCUCCGCCGUCCAAUCUUAUUUAAGGUCCGACGGUAGUGGUGCACGUGCUCUCGUCUGCGUAUGGGCCUCUCCAUUAAGGAAAGACACCUUAGAUUGCCUUCCUUCCUUGGAGCUUGUGGUGGUUGCUUGCGCAGGCUACAACCAUAUCGAUCUUUCCGAAUGCCGCCGUCGAGGGAUCCGUGUUGCAAAUGUUGGUGACGUAUUCUCCGACGAUGUCGCAGAUUAUACUGUUGGAAUUCUCCUUGAUGUGGUCCGUAAGUUUUCUGCUGCCGACCGAUUUGUUCGGGUCGGGUUUUGGCCUCAACCAGGGGAAUUCCCUCUUGGCUCUAGUGUGAGUGGUCUUCCUUUUUCUUAG